GGGUUUCUAAAUCUUGACGGGCUCUACACCUCAGAGGCUGCCUCCGUACCGUAACAAGUAGAAAGGAGUUAUUUAACUAUCGUGGAUGGAAACUACUAGAGACACUAACCGACACAGCCACUAAUCAAUCUCACUGUUUAUUUUUAUCUGCAUCACCCCGGCCUUCCCGAUGACAUCCUCGAGGUUUAUGGAGAUCUGGUGAUGUUUCCAGUCUCUGACCAUCGUAUCCCAGCACAGAAUGCUGCUCUGUACUACCAGUGCCCACAAGCUUGAGACUGUUUAUGACCAUAAGUUUCUCAAGAUGUCUGUCAAAGAAUCUUGUGAGAAAGAAGAAAAGUCUCAGAAAAAACAGACCACCUCUCCAUCAACUUUUGUUGAAGACAAGAAGGAGGGAGAAAUAUCAGCCGGCUCUACUAGUUCAGCAUACUGUGUUAAACCUGUUUCAACAAAGAAGAGAAAAUUGAAACCAGAUGAUACAGACAUUGUAUACUAUAAUACAAACAGAAAACAAGAUCUGAAAAGAUUGGCUGUAGAAGUUGACACACCCAGAAAGAGACCAAAAUUCAGUUCUUCAAUCCAAGGACCUACUAAACUCCAAGUAGCAUCAUACUCAAAUAACAAUCAAAUUACUUCACAGAGUUGUUCAUCAAAUGGAAUGAAAGAUUCUAAACUUAAAGAUAGUAAAUUGACAAAUAUUAGAAGUAAGCUUGGUUAUGAAAUAAAAAAACAUAGCAGCAUUAAAAUUACCAAAGAUAUGAAGUCUAAAGCUGAAGGCCAGACAAAGGAAAAGAAUUGGCCUCAUUCAUGUAUUCAGGAGAAUAUGAAAGAGCUCAAGAAAUCAAAGAACAAUAAACUUAGAGACAGUUCUGAAGAAUUGGAAAAAUGCAAGAAAAAUCAACUUCCUCAGAAUUAUAAUUUCAACAAUAUAACCAAGGAACUAUUUGAAUCUGGAAGGAAGAAGAUCAGCUUCAAAAUUCCCAAAAAAUCCUCUAACACCAUCCAGAAGCUUGUAGAAGAAAAUGUCUUUAGUGUAGAUUCUAGGAAGUCAAAGAUCAAGCAGAAGGAAAAGGAUUGCUUGAAAAGUUCCCAGAUGUCAUUAGAUUUGACCAGGCACAAAGCUGGAAACUUGUUUUCAGAUUCCGCAUGCAAGCAGACUGUUUGUGAGGGGAAAAGAAGAGACCAUCAAGAGCAUCCAGAAAUUAAUGGUUCAGAUUCUAAGGAAAACUGUACCCAGAAUUUUGAAACACCAUGUUCUUCAGUGUCAUCUGAGAAUGUCCAAGAUACAGAUGAAGAGAUGCAGAUAGUAGAAGAGCUCCAUGCUGCACGUGUGGGAAAAAGUGUGCAUUUACCUGUGGUUCCACCUGCCGGAGAGUUAAUGAGUAUGGAAAUUGACUUGGUGGAAGAGGAUGUACCUUCUUCUGCUGCAAAUACUGCCACAGACAAAAUGCUUCUAAUUGUUAUCGACACAAAUAUUCUGAUGAAUCAUCUCAAAUUUGUUAAAAUUUUGAAGACAACAGAAAUACCAGGCUUUGACACACUUGUGUUACUAAUUCCCUGGGUGGUUGUACAAGAGCUAGAUCGUAUGAAGGCAGGAAAACUACUAAAACACGUCCAGCAUAAAGCUGUACCUGCAAUUCAUUUCAUCAAUGACAGCCUCAAAAGUCAAGAUAGAAAGCUGUGGGGUCAGUCAUUACAGCUGGCAUCCCAAAAACUUUAUGGAUUGAGUGAUGAGAACAAUGAUGAUCGAGUAUUAAAAUGCUGUCUUCAGUACCAGGAAUUAUUUCCAUGUUCUCUUGUUAUUCUGUGCACGGAUGAUAGAAAUUUAAGAACUAAAGGCCUGAUAAGUGGUGUGAAGUCACUCAGUAAAGAAGAAUUGGAUUCAGAGAUAUUAUCUAUAGCUCUGAACACAAAUAUGUGUCAUCAGCCUUGUAUUUCUAAGCAACAGUUGAAAGCAGAAACAGCACCUGUAGAGGAGACACCUAAGGAAGAAUCUACAAAUUCUGGACUGGCCAUUCUACUUGAACGCAUUAUAUGUGAUCUUGAAAAAUCUCUUGGGACAGCUUUAUCUUCAAUAUUAGAAACAGAAAUGAAAAUUGCUUUUGGAGAUCUUUGGAUGGAGGUGCUGUACUUGAAACCACCAUGGACUCUAGUAAAUCUAUUGCAGUGCUUUAAAAAACAUUGGCUGGCUGUAUUUGGAUUAGUUAUGGAAAAUAAGUUGCUUUUAACUAUUGAGAGCCUAUAUGAAAAUCUCUCUAAAGCUAAUAAUACAGUGGAUUUUAAAACAGUAAAAUUCCUGCUCCAGGACUCUAAAAGUUUGUUACAUGCCUUCAGUACAAGGUCAAACUAUGAUGGUAUUCUUCCACAGACCUUUGCUCAAGUAAACAAACUACUUCAAGUACUUGCAGAGGUCAAGACAAAACUGAAGCCAAAUUCUUCAGAAAGCACAGUGAGUAAAAAGCAGGAAGACAGUUCUUUGAUGAAGCCUUAUAACCAAGAUGUCACUGUUCUCUUGGAUUCUCAUCUUCCCCAGUUCACCAGGCAUCAAGAAAUCUGGUCUGUCCUGGAGAAUGUUUGGACUUCAAUAUAUCAGAACAGCACAGAUGUGUUUCAGACAUUGGACUCAAGUUCAACUUUGACAACUUCAAAAAUAGCAUCAUUUGAAGAAGCAUUUCUAUAUCUUCAAAAGUUAAUGGCAGCUGUGAAGGAUAUUCUUGAAGGAAUUCAAAGGAUUUUGGCUCCUAAUAGUAAUUACCAAGAUGUUGGGACUCUCUAUAACUUCCUAAUCAAGUAUGAGGUAAACAAAAAUGUCAAAUUUACUGCCCAGGAACUUUAUGAUUGUGUUUCUCAGACUGAGUAUCGGGAAAAAUUAGCCAUUGGAUGCCGCCAACUGAUUGAGAUGGAGUAUACCAUGCAGCAGUGCAAUGCAUCUGUCUAUAUGGAGGCCAAAAACAGAGGAUGGUGUGAAGACAUGUUCAACAGCAGGACCUAAGUUCUUGAGGAAUGAUAUCUAUCAUCAUGAGUAACACAGUAACUUUCAAAAUGGUUGCUUUUUUUUUUAACCAAACCUAGGAUAAUUACAAAAAAUCUUUCAGAGUUGACAAUACUUCCUACCUCUAAAGACAGGAGAGCCAUCUUCUUAGUGUUCCUGGGCAGGAAUCACUGUGACAUGAUGGCAGCCCACAGCCUCAUUAUCUCUCCUAACCCUGACUGAAUGUGGGCAUAUGAGCAGACACUGCCACGCCCUAAGACUUAAGACAUGACCAUGCUACCACAUUCCAUGAAUGGGCUGCUUUCGUGAACAAACUGUCAUUUAUUUAAAACUGGUGGGGAAACCCACCACCUCCUUCAGGGAUAUGAAGUAGAAUUUUGAUCUAGCACCUUCUCUGUGGCUGCUUUGGGGGCUUGCGUUAUUUUUCUUUGCAUUUCCAGUGGGGGAGAGCCCCUCUGAGGUUUCCCCUUAAACAUGAAGCAGUAUGGAUUUGGGGAAUUAGAGGGCAGGGGCUGCUGUUUGCCCCUACCUAAAACUCAAGUGUUUAAAUUGACUUAGUUACACCUUAAGUUGGAAAUCCUUGUUUACUGGAGUGUAUUAUGCUUUUGUUAAUAGAUUAGAUUAAAUCAGAUUUGAUAUUCUAUAAUAAAUGUUUAUUUUUAAAUAGCAAUAAAUAACUUAUUUUUAGUAAUA